AUGUCGCAGUCCUCCUCCCAGACUCCAGACAGCUGGAUUGCCCAAUUCUGCGGCCUGGUUGGACACGAGUACUUUGCCGAAGUCAGCGAAGAGUUUAUCGAGGAUGACUUCAACCUCACGGGCCUGCAAUCGCAGGUCCCCAUGUACAAGGAGGCGCUAGAGAUGAUAUUAGACGUGGAGCCUAGCGAGCCCGAUUCGUCAAUGCUGUCGGGAGAUGAAAUAGAAGAGGAGGAACAAGAAGAGGAGGAAGACGAUGACGGCUUACUUGGAGAGGAACUCGACGAACCUGCGCAGAAUGGCGGAGCAAGACAAUCAGCUGGGACGUCUUCAAACCGACGGCACAACAGGACGAAUAGUGACACCUCGGUCAUCGAGUCAUCCGCUGAACUGCUGUACGGCUUAAUACACGCUCGCUACAUUACCUCUAGACCAGGUAUUCAGCAAAUGAUGGAGAAGUACGAAUUGUCACACUUUGGAUAUUGUCCAAGGGUAAAUUGUGGCGGCAUUAGAGUUGUGCCUAUUGGGUUGACAGAUACUCCUGGUCAGCAAACGGUCAAGCUAUUCUGUCCGAGCUGCUUGGACGCAUACACACCGCCUAACUCACGGUUUCAGGCUGUCGAUGGCGCAUUCUUUGGCACAACGUUUGGCUGUUUGUUCUUCAUGACGUUCCCAGAUCUGGAAUUUGCGCCUCCGAAGCGGAAGGCUACGAAAGAAAACAACGCAAACGCAGGAAACGAGGACGCGGAGAGUGUGGUGGGUCAGGGCGAGCGCGGCGGACCAGGCAUGACUGCAAGCCGAUCGAGUAGCCUCACGUUACCAAACCCUCCAGCCGUUGCAGGCUCAUCCACACAACAGAAUGACAAAGGCUCUCAAGGUACCGCCGUGGCGGCUAUACCGCCCCAGCCUGCGUCAAUCAACGGCGUAGCGACACAAAAUCUCGCUCCCGGCCUAGGGAAAGGCAAGAUCUACGAACCUAGAAUCUAUGGCUUCAAAGUCUCGGAACGAGCGAAGGGUGGUCCGCGCAUGAAGUGGCUCCGGUCACGCCCGCAAGACGUCAACACAUUAGAUGAAGCUCGUCUGUACCACGAAGUGUUCGGUGGCGAGGUAGAUGGAGAACUAGAACAGAAGACAUCCGAAGAAUCUACCCCAGCAAACGUUCCUCACGACAACGACGGCGAUGCAGUAAUGGCAGGACAACAGUCUCGACCGGUCGCGCGCAAAAGUUCGAAACGGAAGGGUCCGUCGGCGACGGCCACAAGGAGAACAGCGGAGGAUCCGGAGCCUCCAGAAGCAGGAUAG